AUGCUAGUCAACGUGGCUACAGCGACGUCCGCAGUGUCCCACUCGCCCAGCUUUGUCAUGGAUGGUAUUACCACGUACUGCUGGGAGGUUGGUACGUCGAUAUACUCCAACACGGUUGACGCCUCUUCCGUAAACGUCGUGAGCGCCGAGGGCGCUGGCUGUCCCCUGGAGCUGUCGAUCGCCAUUCCCUCAGGUGACGUGCGCGUAUACCGUCCGGUGGCCAUCUCGUGGAAUGCCACGAAGCGCGUUUCGUCGAGCGGUGCUUUCGAAAAGAAUGCCUUUGGCUUGACCAGUCUGUCUGCAGGACUCGACCGAAUUUCGCAAGAGUACUAUGAAAUUACCGCAUCACGUCUGCGGACGUGCCCUUACGGUUCAAAUUGUCACCCGGUGACGACAGGGUCACAGCUGACCGAGAACACGACUAACAUCCCGCUAAACUUUACGGAUGGCCUGGCGACAUUCGAAUCGUCGGAGCUCUCGUUUGCCUCUGCUGGAACUUAUACGUUGGUGGCUCACUUGAUCCUGUCUAGCAGCGCGCCUGCGACUAAGAGAUACGACUAUGCGGUUUUCUUGAAGAUACAGGUCCUCUCGGGCUCCGCAGUGGCAGACACCGUUGCUACACCGUAUUCUGAAUCAACUGCUCGGUCGGACAGCUCAGGUAUGUCAACACAAAUGAUGUGUCUGCUUAUCAUUAGCGGCAUCGUGGUCGCUGCCUUGGCCGUGAUUGGGUUUGUAACGUUGCGCGCUAAAAUCGACCGAGACCCUAAGGCAUGCAUCAACAAGCGCAAUACGAAAAAGGGUCGGGGAAUGUUCGGGUUUUCAAGCACAGGAAUACACAGCGGUACUAGAGCUGCUGGGGCUAGUGACGGGGAAGCUGAGGAGUUCGCUAUGCUUAGCAUGGAAGAAGCUACCAUCCAUCAUGACCGUGGUAGCACGUACCUCAGUGCUCUUGGCCGAGGACGGCGAAGCGAUGCUACGCUUGACAAGAAGGGUAGCCCCAUCAAAUAUGCGGGACCGGUGCAAUGUCUGGAUCGCAAAUCUAGUCUCGCUGACAACGCUAGCUCUGGUAUUGGAGACAUCACACCGCAAAGCAUCACAAUUGAAACGCCUGCUACUGGGCGUGCUAACUACACGGGCAUGGAUGAUACGCCAAAGGGUGCUCCUCUGAAGCCUUUCUCGUUUGACCAAGCCACCGCUGUUCCUGGUCAGAUUAUGUUUAACGACAUUAUGGAGGACGAAGUGAUCUCUACUCAUUCGCGAUCAAGUAUCGUUGUAGACGCUGCCUCUCGACCGGACUUCAACGAUAGUAACGUGUCCGAUGUGACGGAUCUGAACCUCACGGCUGUUUCUGAGCGCAUAAAGCAGCACUGUGCUAUUGCCGAGCAGGAGGCAUCAACUCAAAUCAAUCAGGACGUACUAACAGCGGACGAUCUCCGCGAGUCUGAGACCAAGGGACCGAUGGAGCUUAACGACCUCCUUGCUUCAAGAGUAAAGAAGUGA